AAAAAAGUGAGGUUAUGUAAUGCCGAUUAGAGGUUAGGUUUUUGUCAGUUGAAGCCAAGAUAAAAAGGGGUAAAAUCGUUGAAAUUGGCACAAUUUUGCAAACAUGAGCCGGAAAGAAGCCCUUUCGUCGUUUAUCCAACAAAUUCACGCCCGGCCUGUUGUUGUUAAGCUAAACAGUGGUGUGGAUUACAGAGGCGUUUUGGCUUGUCUUGAUGGUUACAUGAACAUUGCGCUGGAACAAACUGAGGAAUACGUAAACGGACAACUUAAAAACAAGUUCGGGGAUGCAUUUAUUAGGGGCAAUAAUGUGCUCUACAUAAGUACACAAAAACGUCGAAUUUAAUGUAUUUUUUGCAAUAAAAAAUUAAAAAUCAA